AUGAGUUACUUCCUGUCUUACUGCAAGGCUCAUGGCGGCGCGCUACUCACCGGCUACCAGGCCCUUCGCGCGGAGGGCUUCCUGUGUGAUGUGACACUGGAGGCCGAGGGCAGCGAAUUCCCUGCACACAGGUCGCUCCUCGCGUGCUCCAGCGACUACUUCAGGGCCCUGUUCAAGAGCCACACUCGGGAAUCCCGGGAGCAUGUAAUCCACUUGCACGUGCCGUCGGCGGCAGGCUUGCAGCGCCUGCUGGACUUCAUCUACACCGCCUGGCUGUCGCUCUCCAUGGACACCUUAGAGGACACACUGGAAGCUGCUAGCUACCUGCAAGUCACCGAGGCCCUGGGGCUGUGCGGGCGCUACCUCGAGCGCCAGCUGGCUCCAGAGAACUGCUGCUUCGUCGCUAAUGUGGCAGCGCGCUUCGGCCUGACUCACACCUUGGAUGCGGCUGAGCGCUGCAUCGUGCGCCACUUGCGGGAGCUGCUGGCGCGGGGCGCGGGCCAGGCAGGACUGCUGGAGCUCAACCCUGCGUCCCUGAAGGCCGUGCUAGGGGCGCCCGACGUGGCACGUGUGCCUGAGGCCUGGCUGCUGGGCCUGGCCCUGGCUUGGCUGAGACAGGAGCCCGCGGCAGAGCGCCGGGCUCACUGCGCAGCGCUGCUUGAGCGCGUGCGCUUCGGCCUGGUGCCUGCCGACGUGCUGCGGCGAGUGUACUCAGGCUCGGGCCUCGUGCUGCCCGCCCGGGUGAAGGGCCUCAUCAUCCAGGCCCUGAACUACCACACGGCGCCCUCCCGUCAGCCGCUCAUGCAGGGUGAGCAGACCAGCGUCCGGAGCCCCCAGACCCGCAUCUUGUUGGUUGGGGGACGCAGGGCGCGGGAGGCGGUGACUGAGGAAGUUGUGGUCCCAAGGGCGCCAGCUAGGGGCCGGGUUGCCGCCGUGGAGCCCGAGGAAGAGGAAGAGGAAGAGGUAGAAGAGGAGGAGGAAGAGGAGGAAUGGGAGCUCACCCAUAACGUUGUGGCCUUCGACGUGUAUAAUCACUGCUGGCGCAGCCUUACCCAGCUGCCCACACCGCUGCUGGGGCACAGCGUGUGCACCGUGGGCAACUUCCUGUUUGUCCUGGGCGGGGAGUGCCCUUCCGGUAGUGCCUCCGUUCCCGCCGACGCCCCGCUGGCGGUCACACCCCGGGUACACCGCUACGACCCGCGCUUCCACGUUUGGACGGAGGUGCCCGCCAUGCGGGAAGCGCGGGCUCACUUCUGGUGCGGCGCUGUGGGCGAGAGGCUCGUGGCUGUCGGGGGCCUUGGGGCGGGCGGCGAGGCUCUGGCCUCGGUGGAGGCGUACGACCUGCGCUGGGACCGCUGGACGGCGGCCGGAGCGCUGCCACGGGCUUUGCACGGCCACGCGGGGGCUGUCGGGGACCGUGGUGUCUUGUACAUAUCUGGGGGCAAGGCGGGGAGAGGUGAGGGCGGCGCGAGCAGCCUCCGGGACUUGUAUGCCUUGGGCCCUGGGGAGCAGGUGUGGAGCAAGAAGGCGCCCAUGGGCACGGCCCGCUUUGGGCACCACAUGGCAGUGCUGCGCGGUGCCGUGUUCGCUUUUCUGGGGAGAUACGAGCCCUUCUCCGAGAUUGAGCGCUAUGACCCUGGCGCGGACCAGUGGACUCGGUUGCGGCCGCUACCCUACGACCGUUUCUCCUAUGGGUUGGCCGUGGUGGAGGAGACUGUGCUUCUGCUGGGCGGCCUUAAGUGGCGAGACUCGCGCCAGGUACCUACCCGCAACGUGGUGGGCUAUGACCUCGACCUGGAUCGCUGGGAGGACAUUGGCUGCGCGCUGCCCUGGGCCUGGAGCGGCCUGCAGUGCGCAGUGCUGCAGCUGGCCGAGGGUGGGGAUGAGGAAAGGGAGAGAGAGCCCACAGUUGCUCUAGAUUUAGUGCUGAACUGAAUGGGUUAGUACAAACCUCCCCGGCAACAGAGGAGAAAGUAACGCUUGAUCAGUCUUACAGAGCAACAUAUGGGCUUUUCCUGAGAUACGGUAACU